GGUCAUCAAGAUCACCCUUCUGGCUGUGUUCUGGCUCUCGUUGACCAGAUAUCGGUCUCUUCCGCAGCAGCAAACCCCUUCCUGAUACUAAGGUUCCGUUAUCAUUUCGAAGUGAUGCAGAACAUUGAGCUGCAGGGAACUGUAGUGCUGACAGGCGAGCAUCGGCAAAUUGAUCCCUCGAUUUCGUUUGAAAAAGAUCUGCAUCACAGAGAUGCAGCACCCAACGUCGCACGCGACAUGCUCUAGAAUCAGAACAACAUAUG